AUGAGUGAGACGCGUCAGCCAGAGCCCGUGGCCAUCGUGGGCAUGGGUUGCCGCUGGGCGGGAGGCAUUCGCGACACAUCCGGGCUCUGGGAAUUCCUUAUCAACAAGCGCUCUGGAUACCAGGACUGGGCGGAGCCUCGCUUUUCAGCCAAAGGAUUCUACCAUCCCAACCCAGAACGCCCCGGAACCACGGCAGCAAAGGGCGGAUACGUGGUAACUGAUGAUCCGCGCCUCUUCGAUCCCGCCUUCUUUGGCAUCUCGGGUCUUGAAGCCGAGACCAUGGAUCCCUCACAGCGGAAGCUUCUGGAGGUCAUCUAUGAAGCGUUUGAGAGUGCUGGUGACACGUGGGAGAGCGUCAACGGAACCCGUACGGGCGUUUACGUUGCCGACAUCUCCUACGAUAACGCGUAUGCACAGACGCGCGAUUGGGAGUAUGCGAGACCGCAUGCCACCACGGGCGUCUGUCACAAUAUUCUUAGCAAUCGCAUCAACUACAUCUUCAAUCUCCUCGGCCCCAGCGUCACGCUCGACAGUGCCUGCACAUCGGCAUUGUACGCGCUACAUUUCGCUAUCCAGGCAAUACGCGAUGGCGACUGCGACUCAGCAAUCGUCGCAACAGCAAACUGGAUCAUGGACCCAGCCAUGCAAAUUGCCAUGGACAAGCUGGGCGCGCUCUCAGGCACAUCCAUGAGCCACACAUUUGACGCCUCGGCUGACGGCUACGCCCGCGGCGAGGGAUUUGCAGCCAUCUAUCUCAAGAAGCCGGAUACAGCCAUUCGAGACGGAUCCCCAAUCCGAGCUUUGGUUCGCGGAAGUGCCAUCGGUGCUAACGGCCGGUCAAGCGGCAUCACCCACCCCAGUGGCGUCGCGCAGGAGGGAAUCAUCCGCAAGGCGUACGCCAAUGCUGGCAAUCUGCCGCCCUCGGAGACGAUAUUCCUCGAGUGCCAUGGCACAGGUACGCGCGUUGGUGAUCCUCUUGAAGUGGAGGCAGCCGGGAAAGUCUUCGGCCCUGGACGGUCGGAUGCCGAGGAGGACCGGCUGCUGAUCGGAUCCGUCAAGACCAACUUGGGCCAUACCGAGGGCGCGGCAGCACUCGCGGGUAUCUUCAAGGCGGUACUAGCGCUCGAAGAGGGUGUGAUUCCGCCCAGUAUUGGAGUCAAGACACUGAACCCCCGCAUCGACUUCGAUAAGGCCAAAGCCAAGGUCGUCACCGAGGUCAUCCCCUGGCCUGAGGGUAAGCUGCGGCGGGCGAGUGUCACGUCUGCCGGUUUCGGUGGUUCCAUCGGACAUUGUAUCAUCGACCAUGUCAACGUUGUUUACCCAGACUACGUCAAGCCAGGUAUCCGAGGCAAGGUUGUGGCUAAUGGAAACGGCCUGACCAAUGGAUCGGCCAAGCACAGCAUUAGCAAUAGCACCAGCAACGGCAACUCUCACACCAAUGGUCACAAUGGCCACAACGGACACAACGGUACGAAUGGCACCAACGGCACCAAUGGCGCGGGAGAGAACGGUGUCGGGAACGGGAGUCAUGAGACUCCAUCCCUGCAUUCUCCUAUCCUCAGCAAACCGAAAGCAACUAGAAAGGCUGAUGCUGACACUCGUCAACUUGUUCUGCUCCCCUUCUCGGCUCACAACGAGACUUCCUUGAAUGCCAACAUCGCCGCCCUAUCCUCCGUUGCGAACCGCCACUCUCUGGCAGACAUCGCUUACACGCUCAGCGCCCGGCGCUCCAAGCUCGGUCAACGCACAUUCCGAAUCAUCGAUAAAAAUGAUGUUACGGCAGGGCUGCAAGCUACUGCUCUCAAAUUCUCCUCCAAUCCAUCUGAAGCGCCACGUCUAGGCUUUGUCUUCACUGGCCAGGGAGCACAGUGGCACGCCAUGGGUGCCCAGCUGUUCGAAUAUGCCGCCUUCCGUGUUGCGAUUGAACAUCUAGACCAUGUUGUAACUUCCUUGCCAGGUGGCUCACCUUCCUGGAAACUCGUCGAUAUUCUUUCCGGCCACUGCGAUGCCGAUCGGGUUAAUUCCCCCGACAUCUCGCAGCCCAUAUGCACAGCCGUCCAGAUUGGUCUUGUAGACCUGCUCGCUUCAUGGGGCGUCCGUCCCUCUGGCGUCGUCGGCCACUCGUCGGGUGAGAUGGCUGCCGCGUAUGCUGCGGGAUAUAUAACCGCGGCCGAGGCCAUCACGAUUGCGUAUUACCGUGGAGUGGCUGUCUCCCGCAACAAGAGCAAGGGUGCUAUGCUCGCCGUCGGCGUGGGUCGUGACGAGGCGGCCGAGUUUCUGAGGGGUCUUGAGCAGGAUAUCAAGAUUGCGGCCAUCAACUCGCCGGGCAGUGUCACGCUUUCUGGAGAGCAGGAGGCCGUCCAACAGCUUGCUGCAACUCUGACGGAGAAGAACAUCUUCAAUCGGCUGCUUAAGACAGGAGGCAAUGCGUACCAUUCGCACCACAUGGCUGCACUAGGCUCCCAGUAUCAAGACCUGCUGGAGGGCGGCAUGAAGCAUUUGGAGACUCUCAAACUGCGCGAGAAGCAGCAUCGAUAUGCUCCGGUACCUUGGACGUCAUCCGUAACGCCAAACAAGAUGGCUGAGGCCGACUCGUCUUACUGGCGCGCCAACCUCGAGUCCCCCGUGCGAUUCUCCGAGGCCGUCACCAAGCUUCUUGAGCUGGAAGGCCUGGAUAUUGGGGCGCUGGUAGAGAUCGGACCGCACCCCGCGCUGAAAAGCCCGCUUGACCAAAUCGCUAAGAGCAUUGGCAAGAAGAUACCACACGUCGGAUCCUUGAAACGCGGUGAAGACAGCCGUGUAUCCAUGCUACAGCUCGCCGGGUCUCUGUUCGGUCUGAACGCCGAGAUCGACCUGGUAGCCGUGAACGCAACCGACGAUCAUGAACCAGGGACUCAAGCCCACGGUGUCAUGGCCAAAGAUCUCCCGCCCUAUCAGUACACUUACGGGCCCGUCAGCUACUACGAGGGCCGUGCCAGCAAGGAGUUCCGCCUCCGCAGCGUGCCGCGACACGACCUCAUCGGGUCCAAGGUAUCCGGUAACGCGAAGCUGAGGCCGCAGUUCCGGAACGUUCUGCGGCUCAAAGACCUGCCCUGGCUCGAACACCACCGUCUACUUCCGGACGUCGUCUUCCCAGCCGCCGGGUAUAUGGCUAUGGCGAUGGUGGCUGCGUCGCAAAUUCACGAGGAAUCCCCAGAUGUUCUGCCCAUUGCGGGAUACUCGCUGCGUAACGUGGACAUCAAGACAGCCCUGAAGAUCCCCGAGGACCAGCACGGGAUCGAGGUCAUGCUGAGCUUGGAACUCCCCGACCAGGCAACGGCACGCGAGCCGACGUGGGCUAGUUUUUCGGUCAGCUCUGUUGCGCGCGACUCAGACCAGUGGACGGAACAUUGCACUGGGCAGGUCCGAGUUGACAUUAUGGAAGCGGCGAAUACGAGUGAGAUGAGCAUCAGUUCAGCCGAUGAGUCCCGGGCUGUGGACUCGCGUGCUUGGUACAAGACAUUCUCGGCCAUCGGCCUCGGGUACGGUCCAGCUUUCCAGGCACUCUCGGAUAUGCGUGCUGCUCCAGACAAGGGGUUGGUCUCCGCCAAGUUGGGCCUCAAGACGACAUCUGGAAUAGUCAAGGGAGGAGAGUCAAGCUACCCGAUACACCCUGCCUCGCUGGACGCCAUGAUCCAGCUUGGCCUCGUCGCCUGCCACGGCGGGCAGACCGAUCGAGCCACCACCGCCUUCGUGCCAACCCACGUCUCGGAGCUCCAUGUUCGAGCCGGAAGAGACCUUGAUGAUAGGGACUGGGGCACUGCCAUCGCCCACGGCGAGUUCCGUGGUCUCCGGUCAGCGUACAUCCAGCUUCAACUUCAAGGUCCCGCGGGUGGCCUGAUGAUUGACGUCAAGAACCUGCGCUGCACCAGCUACGCCCUUCAAGACCGGUCUUCCGAUACUGAACAAGCCAAGGCCUUCUCCAGCCCGUUCACGCGCAUGGUGUAUAAGCCCGAUUUUCGCGCUCUGAGCAACCGUCAGGCUCGCGCAUUGCUCCCACCACCACCAGAGAAUGCUGCCCUUGUGCCGCUGCUCGGCCAUCUGGAGACCUUGGCAGCCCUAGUUGCCGUCGAUAUGUAUGAAACCCAUAUCGCUGGUAGAAAGGCGGUGUCGAAUACGUCAGCGCCGGUUGACGAUUACAUCGCGUGGAUAAAGAGACUCGUAGAGGGGAGCCAAGCAGAUACCAUCACCAAGGCAAAGAACCUGUCAUCUGCUCAACGUCAAGAGGCCCUUAAGGAUGCGUACCAGAACACAGGCGAUGCUGUCGAGGCACAGGCUCUGCGGCGUCUUCACGAUAACCUGGGAGACAUGGUUCAAAAUCGUAGAACUGGCGAUGAAAUCCUGGCGGAAGGUGGUCUGCUUGCGGAUUUCUAUGACAAGAGCUUGUUCCUCACCGGAGCGCAACCCCAGUUAACCAGUCUUUUUGACCUCAUCAGCCACACCAACCCGAACCUCCGAAUUUUGGAACUCAAGGGUGGAAAUGGCGACACGGCGCGCGUCGUAUUAGCCGCGCUGAGUAGCACAAAGGGUCUCAAGCGCUACCAGGACUACACGGUGACCGACGUCUCGGACACCGCGCUACAGCAGGCUCGAUCUCAGCUUGCUGAUCACGGCAGUGUCGAGUUCUCCAUUCUUGCCAUGGAACAGGAUCCUUUAGAGCAAGGCUAUGAGUCGGCAGCCUACGACCUCAUCAUCGCAUCCCAAGCCGUACACACCGCCUCAUCUGUAACCAAAGCCUUGGGGAAUAUCCGAAAGCUGCUGCGUCCGGGUGGUAAGCUGAUGUUAGUCGAGGCCACCGAAAGCCGUAACAGCGCCUGGGUCGGACUCAUCGGCGGUGCGCAGGCUGGAUUCUGGCAUGCCGUGCCUGAUGGUCGGACUGACGGCCCCUUCUUGAGUAAUACGGAGUGGGAUACCGCUUUGCGUGCGUCCGGUUUCUCAGGGGGCGAGAUCGUACUCGACGACUAUCCUCACCCUUCGACUCACUCGACGGUGAUCAUAUCCACUCUCAUCGAGCCCGUUCCUGCGAAGUUGAAUGCUGGGCCCCAAGUCAUUCAUCUUCUUCACGGAGAUGAGGGUGUCACACCGCUCCUGAAUCGCCUUUCAUCCACACUGGAACGCCGUGGCCUGUCGGUCAAGACCAUUUCAAUCGACGCUGUGGUAAUGGAUGUACCCAAUAACGCGCGCGUGGUUGCGUUCUUGACCGGAAAGAACUUUCUCUUGGACGCUGACCAGAAUCGCCUGGACAUCUUCAAGUAUCUAGCUCAUCACACGUCCACUAUGGUGUGGUUGACGUCUUCUGGCAUGGCCCAGGGUCGAAGCCCGGACGGCGCCGUGGUAAGCGGCCUACUUCGUACCAUCUCCACGGAAGCUCCAACAGGACGCUUCUUCUCAGUCGACGUGGAUGCCGACAACUUCAACAUUGGUGAUGAAGACGAUCUAGAAGAGCUUGUUCGUGUUCUCGCAGACUACGAGCAAACUCUCCAACAGCCUUCCGACCCCGAUAGCUUCGAGGACCGGGAGUUUGACUGGCACAGCGGCCGUCUCUGGGUGAGCCGGUUGACCCCUGAGCCGGAGCUAGACGCGUACUCUGAUGUCUUCGUAACACCAGCCACCCGUGGCGCCAAGAUGUUGCCUUUCGACGGCCAGGGUCCGGUGCGGGCCGCCUUUGAGACGCCGGGUAUCCUUACCUCACUUUACUUCCGUCCGGACACAGAGCUGCGUCGGCAGCCGCUGGCGCGAGACUGGAUCGAGGUCAAGGUAGCCGCCGUCGGACUCAACUGGAAAGACCUAGUGCUCUGCACAGGCCGCUUCGAUGGCAACAACCUGUCCUCCGAGUAUUCCGGCAUUGUCACGGCCGCCGGCGCCGACUCCGGCUUUAUCACUGGCGACCGGGUAUACGGGCUUGGAAAGGGGCACUUUGGCAACUACGCCCGCGUGCCGGCGCGUCUUGCACAGAAAGCUGCCUCGGGCGAUGACUUGACUGAUCUCGCUACCCUUCCUGUGGUGUACAUGACUGCUGUGUACGCAUUUGAGCACCUCACACGCCUGCGCCAGGGGCAAAAGGUGCUGAUCCAGUCUGCGUCCGGCGGUGUUGGUCUUGGGGCUAUACAGCUGGCGCGGGCCAAGGGCGCUGAUGUCUUCGCCAUGGCCGGUUCGGAAGACAAGAUACGCUUCCUCGUCGAGACAGUCGGUCUCAAGCCCUCGCACGUUUUCAAAGCGCGCGAUUCUGCGGAGCUGGAGCGUGCCAUAUCCGCAACCGACAACCGCGGCUUCGACAUCAUUCUAAGUACCGCACAGGGCGACUGGCUAUACGAAACGACAAAAGCGCUGGCACCCCUCGGCCACCUAAUUGACAUUGGCCGGCUGGAUGUCAACAACGCUCGCGGUAUUGGGUUAGAGCUAUUCCAGAAGGGUGCCAGCUUUUCAUCCUUCGAUCUUGGUCAUGUCGUCGAAACAGCCCCGGAACUUGGUGGUGAUCUCAUGCGGUCCGUAGACGAGCACCUCCGUGCCGGCCGCAUCGCCGCUGUCCGCCCUCUGACCCCCUGGGACGUCUCUCAGCUUGACCAGGCCCUACUCAACUUCUCCAAGGGCAUGCACACUGGCAAAUUGGUGGUGACGUUCCAGAACCCCACGGCUCCGGUUCGCAUGAUACCAGCAUACCCUAGCGUCAGCUUCGAUCCUGAAGCGUCAUAUGUCAUCACCGGUGGGCUGAGCGGGCUCGGCAGAUCCAUCAUUCGGUGGAUGGCGGACCGCGGUGCGCGAGACAUAGUAGUUCUCUCCCGCCGAGGAGCUGCCGUUCCCGAGGCGAAGACUCUCAUCGACUCCCUGGCACAACGCGGCGUGCGUAUCCGGCCGCUUAGGUGUGACCUCAGCCAGCCGGAUCAAGUGUCAGAUUCUAUUGAGAAGACACGCGCCGAACGACCUCUCAAGGGCGUCGUUCACUGCGCCGUGUCUUACCAGGACAUCUCCUUCGAACGUCUGUCUCUCGAUGGCUGGCGCGACGGCCUCGCAGCCAAAAUCCUCGGCACCCGCAACCUACACGAGGCCACCAAGACCCUCCCGCUCGACUUCUUCGUCAUGACCACCUCCAUCCUCUCCGUCCUCAGCUUUGCAACUCAGUCCGCAUACACAGCCUCCAACAACUUUCAAGACCAGUUCGCGCGCUAUCGUCGCCGACUGGGUCUGCCCGCCACCGCAGCCCAAUUUGGUCUCGUCAACGACGUCGGCCACCUCAGCACCGACAACACCACACUCGAGCUCAUGGCGCGGAACAAAGUCCUCACCAUGCCCGAGAGCCACUUCCUCCGUCUGCUGGAGCCGGCAUUCCUACCUCACGAGGACGUGGCCUUCGACCCCCUGGCCGCCGCUACGUAUGUGACAUACAUGGACCCGACGCAUAUGGCGGCGAAGGAGCAGCAAGAUGUGGAAGCGGGAAUUCGCAGCGCAGCGCCGCCGCGGUGGUGGAGCGAUGGGCGUGUGUCGCAUGUUAUGCGUGGUUUCUACGAUGCCCUGCGCCAUGGACGGGACAAGACGGCGGGCGGGUCGGCUGGGAAUGCUGAAGACGGCCGGUCGGCGACGGCACAGACGCGGCGGAAGUUUAACGAGGCCGUGGGAGCUACGGUGGCGGCGGCACCCGGGACGACGGAACGGGGCGAACUGCGUGAGAAGGCGCUAGAGUUCGUCACGGCGAGCAUCUCGGGCACGGUGGCGACGAUGUUGCUGUUGGAUGAAUCGGCAAUCAACGCAUCCCGCGCCGUGUCUGAGCACGGCGUUGAUAGUCUAAUUGCAGCGGAGUUGCGCAGCUGGUUCCAUAACGCGCUUGGGUCUAAGAUCAGUAUGGUUGACCUACUGGAUCCGCGGACGAGUAUCAAUGCGCUGGCGGCCAAGGUUGUGGAUGCUACCAUCGAGGAAGAAGGAAAAUAG